CGGUGCAGCGACUUCCGUUUACUGCGCCAUUCAGUUACUUGCAUGCAUUGUUUAUCGGCCGUUUUUUGCAACACGCCAACGACCGCAAUACACCGGUUUACGAUUAAGCGCGGACCGCCACAAAAGCCAAUAUGAUGAUCGAGUAGGUUUGAUAAUGAUGCGCAAGGAGCGUAACUAGGUCAGCCUCCGAACCGAAUAAGGCCACCUUACGGUACCGAGAGCAACUUUCUUCCCUUUUCUGAUAAGGUGCGGUGUAUACUCACGCCAAAAAAUGUUUAAAAAAACCUUCACAAUGACGCACUUUUCUGUGUAAGAGCAACGCUUGUCAAAAUCAGCUGUUUGUAAACAAACCCCAAUCGAGACCCAGUGUCAAGUUCCUCUGGUUGCUUUGAUGAUCCAACUCAUCAAAACAUUCGCCAAAACAUCAACUCCGGCUCGGUUUCAAUCGACGACGGCGCUACGGACCAUGUCCAAAAAGGGUGCCAGUAAAGGUGGCAAAAACGCCAAAUCGGUGGCCACCGGUGAAGCUACGACCCCCAGUACGACCGGCCCCAUCCUAGUCGAUGGUAAGACCGGUAAUUUGAUCAUAAAAAUUCUGGCCAAACCGGGUGCGAAAACGAGCGGCAUAACCGACGUUAGCGAAGAAGGCAUUGGCUGUCAGAUCGCCGCGCCACCGAUCGACGGUGAGGCCAACACGGAGCUGAUCAAAUAUCUCUCGAAACUGCUGGAACUUCGGAAAAGUGACGUCAGCCUGGAUCGAGGUUCGAAAUCACGCCAAAAGACGAUCGUACUGGACAAGAACGGUUGCCGGCACACUCCGGAACAGCUGUUGGCAAUUUUCCGAACCGAAGCGUCCACCGGAACGUAGCAGGACAGA